AUGGCUCCUGCUCCUAUUGAUCCCCGCAUUGUAGACGUCGCGCCGCCAAGGAAGGAUAGUCUGAGUCUCCCAGGGCCAGCACGAGAGCGUCUUGACAAAGCUGGAAUUGAUCUCAGUGCUGGAUAUCCAUAUCGACCAUCUCGUCCUCUUUUCGUGGAUGACGUUUUCAACGUGAGAGAUUAUGAUCGUCAGCAUAUAGACCCAGGCACUCGAGCCGAUCCCGAGAAGAAGGCAUUGCUGUCAGCAGCGAAGGAAGUGAUUCAUCUAACGAGGCACAUCGGUACUGAGAUUGUGGGCUUGCAACUCAGGGAUCUCACAGAUAAGCAGAAAGAUGAACUAGGUUUGCUCAUUGCCGAGCGGAGCGUCGUAUUCUUCCGUGACCAGGAUAUCUCUCCACAGCAGCAGAAAGAGCUAGGGGAGUGGUUCGGCGAAAUUGAAAUUCACCCUCAAGUGCCUCAGGUCCCUGGAGUCGCUGGUGUGAGUGUCAUAUGGCCAGCAUUACAGGAAACAGAGACACCAGCCAGCUUCCGUCGACCGGGCGGAUCAUCACGCUGGCAUACAGAUCUUGUCCAUGAGAGACAACCUGCUGGAGUAACGCACCUUCAUAAUGACACUGUGCCUACAGUGGGGGGAGACACCCUCUGGGCCAGUGGAUACUCAGCCUACGAGAAGCUAUCACCCCUCUUCCGCAAACUUAUUGAUGGCAAAUCUGCCAUUUAUCGAUCCGCUCAUCCCUACUUGGACCGUAAGAACCCUGAGGCCGGCCCCAAAUACGUGGAGCGCGAGCAUCCUAUUGUCCGCGUCCAUCCUGCUACCGGAUGGAAAGCCCUCUGGGUCAACCGGGCCAUGACAAAUCGAAUCGUGGGUCUGGACAAGGCUGAAAGUGAUGUAAUUCUUGGAUAUCUGUUUGAUGUCUAUGAGAAGAAUCCAGAUAUCCAGGUCCGCUUCAAGUGGAGUCCACGGACAAGUGCACUCUGGGAUAAUCGCAUCACAAUUCAUAACGCUAGCUGGGAUUAUGAGGGAUCGCAGCCGAGACAUGGAACUCGAGUAACCUCGUUGGCAGAGAAACCUGUUUUCGAUGCUAAGGCACGCACUCGGCGGGAAGGGCUUGGCUUGUUGGGACCAGAGGAAAUCCAGGAGCUGGCAGACUUGAGUGGCUUGGAUUUGAAGUGA